UAUCAAAUUGACGCUUUGUAGGUACAGUGCCGCGCUGCGUCGCGCAAAUGCGGUCUUACCUUUAACUUGACUAUUUCUGUCCAGCAGUAAAAGAGGAGUAUGCUUUACAAAAUGCCCAUUUGACGCGGAUUGAGGACUAUAAUCGCCUUAACUAAAUCACAUUGUAAAUUAUGGUACAUAGUCGACUGGGAAGAAGUGCCAUCCGGGGAAGCGUGUCGCGCGCUGUCUGAGGCCGCGGCCGAGGCAGGCGUAUGCGUGGUAGGCGGCAGAAUAACGUAGAUUUUAAUAAACGCUCUUUUUUUUAUAUAACUAAAUAUACUAAAUAUGAUGGUAGUUGACUGGGAAGAAGUGCCAUCGGGGGAAGCGUGUCGCGCGCUGUCUGAGGCCGCGGCCGAGGCAGGUGUGUGCGUUGUGGGUGGUACCGUGCCCGAGCGCGACGGUAGCGCCCUCUACAACACCUGCACCGUGUGGGACAGUGACGGGUCGCUGCUGGCGAGACACAGGAAGAUGCACCUGUACGACAUAGACAUCCCGAACAAGGUGACGCACAGGGAAUCCGAGCUGGUGUCGGCGGGAGACCAGAUCACGACCUUCGUGUUCAACGGCGUCAAGAUCGGCCUCGGCAUAUGCUUCGACAUCUGCUUUCCUGAGAUGGUGGAGCUCAUGGCUCAAGAUGGAUGUUCCCUCCUAAUCUUUCCGAGCGAUUUUCACAUGGUGACCGGGUCGCGGUACUGGGAGGCUCUCGGGCGCACUCGUGCCUUCGAGAACCAGCUGUGGGUGGCGCUAGUGGCCCCGCAUUCACAAACGAUCAGCAAAUCGAACGCACAGCGUUGA